AUGCCUAUUGAUGGUCUCCUCGAAUCGUAUCGGGGCCAUGUCGUCCCCAAGGAGUACAACGCGGGAUAUGUCGCCCUCAGCUAUCUCAUCAGUCUCGUGGGCGCUGCUUCAACGCUGGAAUUGAUCAAUCGGAGAUCAUGGUUCAACGGUAUUUCAAAUCACUUGGUCCUCGUGGCCUCUUCGAUAACGAUGGGUGGUAUAUCCAUUUGGUCAAUGCAUUUCAUCGGAAACCAAGCCCUCACCCUUGGCCAAGGGGAGGCCGAGAUGCAAGUCGACUAUUCCGUCGGUAUCACCGUCCUCUCCUUCUGCAUGCCGGUCUUAUUCCUUCUCGCCGCUUUCUACGCCAUCGGAAUCUCGAAUGGAAUUGCUUGGUGGAGAGUCAUCACAGCCGGCAUCCUAUGUGGUUCCGCCAUCUGCGGCAUGCACUACCUGGGUAACGCUUCAAUCAGAAACUACGAAUGCAUCUACAACAAGAUUUACAUCGUCGGGGCUGCUAUAAUCGCCGUCGUUGCUAGUACUGCCGCUUUGGCAAUGUUCUUUAUCUUGCAAUCACUAUCGGGUGGUACUUGGUGGAAGCGAACGAUAUCUGCUUUUGUACUGGCUGGUGCGGUAUCAAGUAUGCAUUGGUGUGCAUCUGUUGGCACUGAGUACCGGCUUGUUCGACUUCGAAGAAUGCAGGAAAGUUCACGGACUGCAACAGUAGUAGCAGUCAUUUGCUUGUCCUUCGGUGCUUGUAUCAUCAUUGCUGGAUCAGCUAUUCUUCGAGCCCGAACCCUCAAGCAAGCCGCUCGCCGUGCUCAACAAAUCGAACUGGGCGCUAUCGUAUUUGAUAAGAACGGCCGUUUACUCAUCGAUUCUAACGGAGCCUUUCCCAGUACUGUUGUCACCGAUUUCUUCAUUGGCGAGAACAAGAAGGAAAGGUUCAACACUUCACACACUCAGUUCCAUUGGAUGUUCCAGGCCUCAAGGAAUUGGCUCGGUGUUUCUGGACUAAUCAAUGGAAUGAGACGACAUCUCGAACAACUACCACACAAGAGCCGCCACAAAGAUGCCAAGAAGGGUAUCCAACUUAUCACCGACGACGGAAAGCUUAUCGAAGGAUACGAUGUCAUCUUCCGCGAACUAUUCUGUGUCGCCGCCGCCGAGCUCAGCGACCAACUCAACGAACCUCUUAUCAACGUCGGUAUGCUAUGGGACGAGGUCCUACCCAAGGAAACAGCAUCCAAUCAAGCAUACCUCCAAGCACUCGAGAAGUACGGAACCGCCGGCGGUGAAUCGAGCGACGCAAGCACCAAGGGUGGAUCUGAGAAUCACAACAUAGAGAAAGAAGUCGGACUCGAAGAGAUAGAUGGAAGAGGUGCGCUGAUGUUCCUGGUCCGCCGCCUUACAUCAGACGAUGAGAUGCAAAGACUUGUUUCAGCUGGAUAUCGCUUUGUCGACCCUGGUCAAGUAAGCAAUAAUUCGAGGUUCCAUCAGCAGAUUCAGUCUACAGAGUUCAAGACAAAGUUACGCGAUAUGAAGAACUUUGCCGAUCAACAAGUUAAAAUCAAGUCUGGGGUUCAUCUGAGCUUCUUUGCCAUCCAGGAUACGGGAGUCAACAAGCCCCAAGUCCUGGCCCGAAAGGAUGCUCGACACUUGCUUCCCUCAAUUGCUUUACCUACGCCAGCUAUUGAGAAAGCCCAUGUAGGGCUUUUGGAAAGGAUUGCUGGCUUACCGGUUCCCGAAAUCCUCCAACGGUUAAGGACAAGAGGUGCCACACCGCGGUCUCCUGAUGAGGAAGCCUUCGCCAAGAACCUCUCCAAUGCUAUUCAUUCACUCCGAAAGUUGGUGGAUGAACCAAACUUCCAAGAUGCGGUGCUGACGACGUCCAUGGUGCGACUUCCAUUCGGCAUCGACGGCGAUCAAGUGGACGAAACGGUGAUUAUGGCAUUGCGGCUCAAAAUCGCAUCUCCCGUCUUUUCCACCAGCCCCAACUGCCAAUGGGUGCCGCUCAGCUUUUUCAAGAUGAGACAAACGCUGGCGCAGUCUCGUCAAGAAUUCAUAAGAGUCCUUCACGAUCAGUUUGAUCCUUUGAACUUGCCUGCGAGUCGGGCAAACAACAAGCUCACCUCUGGACCUGUCUCAACAAUCCGCCGAUUAAGGAGUGCUGUAACAACAACAGAGUCCAAGGGCAAGAAGACUGAGGUUAUGGUGACGAGAUCCAGAGCUGAAUCAAAAGACUCUGGACGAUCAUCGUCAACAGUCAACUUGUGUCCUCCUGGAGGCACUGAUGACGGCACUCAAGUGCCAGAGACAGUACACAUCCAAGUCCAACCCCCUCCAGAGCGCCAUUACUCGGGAUACCAGCAGUCAUUCUUGAAUGGUGGAAUCGUGGUGUUCCAAGAGGUGACUGUUCAGGUUGAAUCAAGAAAACCUGAGCCUCGGACUGACUUGUCGCCGUCGUGGAGCCACGACACGGCGACUGAGCCACCGUAUGAGAUUGAGUCUCAUCAGCCUGGACAACCCACAGCAAAGGCCAUUGAGCUACAACCGUUGGGAUGGGGCAAGAAUGAUGUUUCUGUAAAGUCUCAUCAACUUAGUGAUAUCAGACAGGUGGACCAUAAUGUUGGAACAAUAGCGGCUUUCGUCGAUACCUUACUUAUAGAGUUGUAUAUUUGCGCAUAG